AUGAGGUAAGUUGGGAGUUUUUACAUUUUUCUUUGAUUUUAGUGAGAUCUGCGUGUUGUCAUAGCUGACAUCAGUGAUGUUUAUAGUGGAAAUGAAGGGUUUCUUGUGAAUUUUGUGUCUUAGAAGGCCUUUGACUUGGUUUUACAGGAUUUUGAGGUUUUUAUCCUGAAAUGGCUUCGGUUGCCCGUUUUAGAGAUUGAAUUGACCUAGAUUAGUAAGAUGAUCCGUUUUUUGUGUUUUCUCUCUGAUUGUAACCUGUUUUUUUCAGUAAUUUACGCCUGCAAAAGCGCCUCGCUUCCGAGGUCUUGAAGUGUGGCAAGGGAAAGAUCUGGCUGGACCCCAAUGAAGUCUCCGAGAUCUCCAACGCCAACUCCAGACAAAACAUCCGCCGCUUGGUCAAGGAUGGUCUGAUCAUUCAGAAACCCAACAAGGUCCACUCUCGCUUCCGUGCCCGUGAAAAGGCCGCCGCCCGUGCUAAGGUAAGGAGAGUUUUUGAUUUUGUCUUGGUUUUUAGGUACAUGUUAUGUUAUCCAUGUUUAUUCGCCGGGAUUUGAUUUGAGAUUUAACGUUUUAUUGAUUUCAGGGACGUCACACCGGUUUCGGUAAAAGAAGAGGUACCAAGAAUGCCCGUAUGCCCGAGAAGGUGCUCUGGAUGAGAAGGAUUCGCAUCUUGAGACAUUUGUUGAAGAAAUACCGUGAUGCCAAGAAGAUCGACAAGCAUUUGUAAGUUUUUUAGUUUUUUUUUAUAGUAAGAAGUAUAUUUUUAUUCCUGAUGUUAAUGUUAAGCGCAGAACGCACUGCUUCUGGUUAAUUACGAGCUAAUAAGUAAUUUUUUCUUCAGGUAUCACGAUCUCUACCUCAAGUGCAAAGGUAACACCUUCAAGAACAAGAGGAACUUGAUGGAGUACAUCUUCAAGAAGAAGUCCGAGAAUGCCCGCUCCAGACAGCUCGCAGAACAGGCCGAGGCCCGCCGUACCAAGAACAAGGAGAUGCGCAAACGACGCGAAGAACGCCUGGUCAUCAAGAGAAAGGAACUGUUGCGCAAGAUUUCCGAAAGCGAGAAGGAGCCCAAGAAGACCGAGAAAUAA